CUCUCACAGUGUCACUGCUGCACAAGUCAAGUCAAACUUCAAAUCCCCUUCCCUCCCACUGCCGCGAGCCUCGCCAACCGCCGGCCAUGGAGGACGCGGCGGCGGCGGCGGCGGUCACCCCCGAAAUGCAAGUUAGGAAGAGGCCCGGACCUGUCCGAGCCGACGGCCGGCAGGAUCCGCCGCCGUCGGGGGGCCUCGACCUCAUCAGCCGCCUCCCCGACGCGGUGCUCGGCACCGUCGUGUCUCUCCUCCGCACCAAGGACGGCGCGCGCACGCAGGCCCUCUCCCGCCGCUGGCGGCCCCUCUGGCGCUCCGCCGACGCGCCGCUCAACCUCGCGGCGGCCCCCGACCUCGCGGGCGACGACGGUUCGCGCGCCGCGCUCGUCUCCAGGAUCCUCUCCGGCCACCCCGGCCCGGCCCGCCGCCUCUCGCUCCGGCUCGCCCUCGCCCUCUCCCCCCGCAGCCAGGGCGAGGCCGACGGCUGGUUCCGCUCGGCGUCGCUCGCCGGCCUCCAGGACCUCGAGGUCACCAACCUGGAGUGGGGGAGCCACUACCCGCUGCCGCCGCACCCGCUGUUGCGCUUCGCGCCCACGCUAUGCUUGCUCAGGCUCGGCGGCUGCCGGUUCCCAUUCCCCGGCCAGGCCUCGCCGCCGCCGAGGUUUCCGCGCCUCAAGCAGAUCAUGCUGUUCGAUGUACGCAUCUCGGAGGACACUCUGCAAAGCGUCAUCUCCAGCUGCGCUGUUCUCCAAAGCGUCUCGCUGCACAACAUGAGCUUCAGUCGCCUGUGCAUCAGCUCGCCGACUCUCAGGAGCAUCAGCGUCGAAGGUGUCUUCACCUUCCGGGAGCUGGUCAUUGUCGACGCCCCUUGCCUCGAGAGGUUGCUGCCGAUUUACCCAAACGGUGGUCCGGCGACCAUACGGGUAAUCCGGGCUCCUAGGCUGGAGGUACUUGGUUUCUUGUCUCAAGGCAUAUCCAGGCUCCACCUUGGAACCAGUCUUUCAGGUACUAGCAAGGAUAGUAGCACAUUCAGAUUUCUUUAUAUGCAGCCUACUAGAAUGAUUGCUGUCACCAUGACAACCAAAAUGCGCACGCUGAAGAUUUUGGUUCUUGAAUGUGCUCAGAAUCUGGAUUUUGUUGUUGACUUCCUCAAGUGCUUCCCCUGCUUGGAGAAGCUCUAUGUCAUUUUCAGUGAAGGAAAGGAUAUGAAUAUUGCGCCGAAGUAUGAUCAGCUUGAUCCAAUUGAAUGCCUUGAACUCCAUCUAAAAGAAGUGGUGUUGAAGAAUUACUGUGGUGGUCAUAGGCUAUAUAUGGACUUUGCCAAGUUCUUUCUUUUGAAUGCGAAAGUGCUAAGGAAAAUGGAAAUCGGAGCCCGUUACAGCUACAAGUCCAACUGCAACAUCGACGACUGGAUGUGUUAUCUACGUAGGCAGCUACAAGUGGAGAAUAGAGCUUCCAAAGAUGCAAGCGUUGAAGUAAAAGUUAAUAAAUUCACUCGCCACGUACGUACUCACGAUUUGUCAGUGGACGAUCCUUUUGACUGAUCCUUGUGUGGAUCCUCCAAGUGUGUUUGAUUGUGCCCUUGCUUGUAUGUCUAGUGUUGUCACGUCCUUGUGAUGUUCUCUAAAAUGGUCUGCUAACUUCAUAAAUGGAACGCUUUGU